CGUCACUGAACGCUCAUUUCGCGGAAAAAGCGUCACCGGACGUUUAUUUUGCAGAAAAAAUGUUUCCGAACACUCAAUUCGCGGAAAAAAUGUCACUGGACGUUCAAUUCGCGAAAAAAAUGUCACCAGACAAAAAAACAUCACCAGGCGUUUAUUUUGCGGAAAAAAUGUCUCCAGACACUCAUUUCGAAAAACGUUAA